GAGCCGGCUGAACGCCUCGGCCGCUCCGCAGCGCCACAUCCGCCUCGGCGGCUCCGGGAGCGGGGCGGGGGGACUGGCGGGCUCCGGCCGGCACGGAGCGGGGAAAAGRGGCUGAAAUCGGCCCCGGCCCGGAGGAUCGGCUCCUGCCCGCCGGGAGAGCCGCGUUCCGCCGACGGGCGGAUCAUGGCUGACUGGGCCCCCAUAGCGAAGGAGUACGAUCCCCUCAAGGCCGGCAGCAUCGAUGGCACGGACGAGGAGCCCCACGACCGCGCCAUAUGGCGGGCGAUGCUGGCACGGUACGUACCCAACAARGGCGUCACGGGAGAUCCUCACCUCACACUCUUCGUAGCCAGGCUCAAUCUCCAGACCACCGAAGAGAAGUUAAAGGAGGUCUUUUCCCGUUAUGGAGACAUCAGAAAGAUCCGUCUGGUUCGAGACCUCGUCACGGGAUUUUCCAAGGGUUAYGCGUUUAUCGAGUACAAAGAGGAGCGCGCGCUCUUGAAGGCCCACAGAGAUGCCAACAGGCUGGUCAUCGACCAGCAUGAGAUCUUUGUAGAYUUUGAACUGGAAAGAACUCUCAAAGGAUGGAUUCCCCGGAGGCUUGGWGGUGGGUUUGGAGGCAAAAAAGAAUCCGGGCAGCUGCGGUUYGGAGGACGGGACAGACCUUUCCGAAAGCCCAUCAAUUUGCCAAACAUGAAAAAUGAUUUCUAUGGAGAAGGAUCGUCAGAGAAAAGAAACUGGUCUCGUGAGGGAACAAGGGACUGGAGAACAAGGGAGCGGGACCACGAGMGGAGCAGGGACAAACGCUGGCCAGAAAGGGAGCGGUCAUGGGCUUGGGGUGACAGUGAGAGAGAGAGGGACUCCAGAGAAGAGAGGAGCAGGGGCAGGGAGAGGAAGGACAGAGACAGGAAGGACAGGGACAGAGACCGGAGCAGGGAGAGAGAUGSCAAGAAGCAAAGAGAUGAUGAUAAGCACCGAUAGGUGACCGUGCCUUGUCCCUGGGGUGUGUCACCCACGGUUCCAGCAGCUCGGGGCUGUGACAGCAUGCCCAGAAMAAGCUGUGGUGGUGCCAUCUUGUGCCUGUGACUCUGCUGCCAGCAGCUCUCUGUUCCUAAUGCAGUUCAAAUGUGUGUUGAAUUGUUGUUUAGAGAAAAUAAACUUUUGAAUUCAUGUUUUUAAACUGGUGAAGGCUGUAAGGAAUGCACCGUGUGUGCAGGCAUCCCACUGAGCUGAGCACACACCAUGUCUGGGACCUGCCUGGGUGCCUGGGUUAGGGGUUAUCUGUGGGCCAGAUGUUCACCUUAGUUAUGAAACAGUCCUGUGCUGGACACAGGAACAGCAACAAACUGAAACUUCCAAAAAACAUGCCCCAAAACAGAACCUGAUGGGAAGCAGUUUGGUUUUUGUGAAGACACUGGAACAGGCAAGGCCUUCAGUGAUACUGUGCCCUUAACUAGUUGUGCCAGGUGAGGGAGAAGCAUGGAACAAAUCCACUGUGGGAAGAUGAAACUCCUUUGAACAGAGGAAUGUGCACCACAGGGCAGUAAGCAGGUCACAAAAUGCCUCAUGUUCCUGAUGGAUCCAUGGACAAUCCCUGAGGGAGGGUGUCAUGGGUAAAUGUGGUUGCAGCUGCACCCACUCUUUCCUCACCCUUCCACAAAGGGUUUAAAUCCRUUCUGGAAAGGGUUUAAAUCCAUUCUGGAAASAGUUUGCUGCUGGCUGUAGCUGAAYUGGGGAAAACAGAGGGCAAAACAUCUUUUUCAGGGGUAGGAUGUGUAAAUACAGACACAUCUUUUCCAUUAAGGAGCUUACAUUGCAUUCUAGAAAAGGCUCUGUCAUGUUCUUUGUCAUCAUAAGCCAUUCCUAAAUAUAUAAAGUGUUUUAAAUGGUAUUUCAUCAGUGUUUGGAUGGCUCUGGUCCUACACCUUGUCUGGUUUGAGGCUGUAUUUCCAUGAAGAGUUGUACACAGAUCCAUAGGCUGCAUCCCCCAAGAAGGGAUGGCAUUGCUUUCCACAAAAAAAAAAGGACAUAAGUCUUGCAGAAAUACGUGUUUUUC